GAAAAAAAAAAGGGUGAAACGGAGUUGUUGGCAAAUUAGGGAGGUUUAUGCCGGAAGCUACCAGGGUUAACUAAAGGGAAGUGAAAAGAGUGUAGCCACAAUUCAUCUGCAAAGCUCCAAAGCCGGAUUCUUUCUAUUGCAUGAGCAAUAAUGGAGGGCGUUAGGCUUCGAUUGUCGUUCAAUGACCCUGACAUUCUCAGCGACUUGCAGAAAUCUGAGGGUUUCGUAAAAACUUGGCUUCUCCUCAAACCCCAACAGCACAGAACUGUUUCUGAUCUUUCUUCUUAUCUUCUCCACACUUUUCAGCUCCAUGAUUCUUGUCCUAAUGGCAUCCUCCUCUCUAUGGAUGGUUUUGUCUUGCCUCCUUUUGAGUCAACAUGUAUUUUGGAGGACAAAGAUGUAGUCAGUGUGAAGAAGAAAAGAGGGCAUUUAGCUAUCGAUGGAAAUAAUGGACCAAAUGUGAUUUUAGCUGUCGAAAGAAAUAAUGGUCCCAAUGCAGUUGAAAAUCUCCAAAUUGUUGAGACGCAACCUUUAAAGGGUGGACCGUUGUUAUUGGCAAAUGAAGCAUUUGAUCAUGCUGCUGGAGGUUAUGAGUCUUAUGACAGUGAAGAGACUGAAGAUGAGUCUGAAAAGGAGGAAGAGGCAGAACCAGAGAAAGAUACUUCACACCAGGAAAAUGCUUUGGCUGGCAAUUCAAUUUCCAAAAAAAGAAAAGCAUCAGAAUUGCUUCCUAGCUCAAAGAAAAAGAAACACUGUUCUGAUGUUAAGGAGAAGCUUGAUGAGCAGACCAAGAAACGAGAUCUUACUAGAAAGAAACAGAAGGUAUCUGAUUCAAAUAACAAAGAUAUGGAGAAUAAUAAAGGAAAUGCUGAGGAUAAUGAGGACAGUCAUAUGACACCCAGCAUGAAGAAAAAUGACGAGCUUAAAAAAAACGAUGUGGAGAAUAUAGAGGCGCCCCCCAACUCUGAUGCGACUAAAAAAAAGGGCCCUAGUAGAAGUGCCAAGAGAAAAUCUGCUAAAAGGCGAUGGUUGCGAGAGAUGGCCAAAAUUAAGGAGAAGAACGCAGAUGCUGAAUCAGAAGGACUGCGGAACUGGAAAGAAAUGCAGGCUAAAGCUGGAAAGGGAGAGCCUAGCUGCCAACCAAAGGAGCGAUUGAAUGACGGGGCUAAUGGUCAACUUCUGGGACACGUGAGUAGUAAUCGAAAUGGGAAGCAGCAGAAAACUAAAACUAAAAAAGAAGAGGUAACUGGCCAACCAAAGGGACUUCUGCAAUGGAAGCAAUUUCAUGGUGAAGAUAAGAAUGGAGAUACCAACGAAGAAAAACAUGCAGUAGAGAAAAGCAAAUCGUGUGGACAAUCAUGUCAAAAUAGUGACACAGAAGAUGAAGUUGUUCCAGUUGAAAUAAGGCCUGGGCAUAUUCGCUUUGAACCUGUUGGAAAAGAACAAGUUUCAAAGCAGAGUCGAGAAGAAGUGGAAAGUUUCAAGUGGAAUGGUAUGAUGAGCAAGAAGAAGGGACAGAAAUGGGGCCAAGAGAAAGUUACAUUUUCCCCAAAGACUGAUUCUCUAGGUUCAAACAAAGAAUAUCCUGAUAUGAUGAAUCGUGAGAGACAGAAAUGGGUCCAAGAGAAAGACUCAUUUUCCCAAAAGAAUGAUUCUAUUGGUUCAACCAAAGAACAUCCUGAGAUAAUGAAUCGUAAGAGACAGAAAUGGGGCCAAGAGAAUGUUUCAUUUUCCCAAAAGAAUAAUUCUCCAGGUUCAAGCAAAGAACAUCCUGAUAUGAUGAAUCGUGACAGACAGAAAUGGGGCCAAGAGAAAAGCUUGUUUUCCCAAAAGAAUGAUUCUCUCGGUUCAAACAAAGAACAUCCCGAGAUAAUGAAUCGUAAUAGACAGAACUGGGGCGAAGAGAAUGUUCCAUUUUCCCAAAAGAAUGAUUCUCUAGAUUCAAACAAAAAACAUCCUGAGAUGGUGAAUGGUGAAAAGGAGCCUCAUUUUCAUGAAUCAAUCGACUUCAAUACACUUCCUUUUCUUUCUGGCCUGCCCAAGGAAGGUCUUGUGAUUGCAUACCGGCUGCUUGAGUUAUCAUCAACCUGGACCCCUGAAGUUUCCUCUUAUCGGGUUGGGAAAAUAUCGUCGUAUAAUUCUGAAGCAAAUAGAGUUUUGCUGAUGCCAGUAGCUGAAUUUCCAGUCAUUUCUACUGAGGAUGAGUCUUCAAAGCAACCAGAUUGCUCUAUUUAUAAUGAAGACGGAUCUCUGGAGAUAGAAUUUUCAGCACUUCUUGAAGUUCGUCUGAUGAAUAGUACUCCAGAUCAAGCAGAAGUACCUGGUGUGGUUAUUGAAGGUUCUGCUGCCAAUGAGUCCACUCCAGUGCUUGGAAGCAGUAAAAAGAAAACUGAAACCCCAGUUCCUGGAGCUGGAGAAGUAAGCAAUGGAAAACAAACACGAUCUACCCCUUCAGAAAAUGGCGGAGUAAACCUAUGGGAGCAAUUCAGUGAUACUCUAAAGUCCAAGAAGGCAGAAUUAGCUCAGGAAAGUAGUUGGGAUAAGGCAAGUACUGGAAAGAGCCCGUGGUCAUAUCGACCCAUGAGGGGCACUGCGCUAGGCCCUACAAUGGCCUUCCUAAGAUCCCAAAAGAAAAUAUGAGAUGAAGUUGCAGUUGCAUAUUUUGUUCAUAUUAUCGUAUAUUAACCUGCUUCAUUCUCUAAGUUUUGCAAAAUUCUCACUAACGAAGAGAAUUAACUAUGUUUUAACUUCUCGAUUAUGAAAUUAUCUGGGAAGGUUUGCAGUGUAAAAAUGGAGUUGUUGAUGCACCCUUCGGGUUGUGCAUUGGUGUAAAGGAAUUCAAGGAUAUGAAAAGAGCCAUAUAUCUGCAUUCCAGUAAAACUCUGGGAUCCUGUUAAUUUUUUGGAAUGAAAUAUAAGUUGUCGGAUGUACCUUUAUUUAUAAUUUUGGAGACCUCUUAGGUUUGGCCUC